GUGAAGACUACAUUUUUUCGAACAAUUGGUGCAAUUUUUAAAUCUGAAAAGUUGCCCAAGCUACGAAAGGUUUUAUCACCGUAAAGUAACAAGAUAAGAAAAAUUUGUAUGGCCGAAACUCGUGUCUAUGGUUAUGAGCCUAAUAGUGGGCUUAAUAACGCAAUGCCUGAGCCUACAAGUUUACUUCGUUUACGCGUAAUUGCUGGACAUAACCUUUGUAAGAAAGACAUAUUUGGUGCAAGUGAUCCUUAUGUAAGAAUUGACUUGGUGGCAACUAAUGGAGAGCAAGUGAUUGAUUCAGUGUUAACAAAAACGAAGAAGAGGACAUUAAAUCCAAAAUGGGAUGAAGAAUUUAUCUUUCGUGUUAAACCUUCAGAGCAUAAGCUAGUGAUGGAAGUGUUUGAUGAAAAUCGCUUGACACGAGAUGACUUCCUUGGAAUGGUGGAACUUCCAUUAGUAGGACUUCCUAAGGAACUUCCUGAUACAAGCAUACCCAGAAAAUAUUACAUUCUUCGACCACGAAGUGCUCGCUCCAAGGUCAAAGGACAUCUCCAACUAUACCAUGCAUACAUCCCUGAUCCAAAUGAAGUCUCGGAAAGUACGGUAGCCACCGCUUUGCCCGCUGCCACAGAACCGCAAAGUCAGGAUCCCGAACCCGGUUGGGAAAUGGUAGACUCGACAGAUGGGGUAGCCAACGCCACGACGCAGUGCCCUCUACCUUCUGGUUGGGAAGAACGUCAAGAUGCUAACGGGCGAACCUAUUACGUGAAUCACAUUGCUCGCACCACUCAAUGGGAGAGACCGUCUAUCCAGCCGGCCGUGAUUCAGGAGCAGCAAUUGGCACGCGAACGUAACCUCGAAACAGCUGGGUCAGAUAUGCAACGUCGCUAUCACAUAUCGGACGAUGCCCAUCCACUUCAAGCUGGAUUAGAUGCAGCCGCCGGUAUUGCUGAUCAGGAGGAUGAGUAUGAAGAUGAUGAACUUGAUGAUUAUUUUGAUGACGAUGAUGAGCUAGAUGAUGAUGAUGAAUACGAUGAGUAUUGGGAUGAAACUGCAGAGGGCGAUGAACAGUUAAGAGAGGUACAAAUUAACGGAAGUCCAAGACCUAGUCCGGCGUCACCUCGUCACUCCGUAACGACCAUUGAGGGAGAACAGGUUGCUAAUGGUACGUCCUCCACUCCAACUAGACCUGCAGUUGUGCCUAAUAGUGAUGGCUUACCCCCAGGCUGGACUGUCCAGGUUGCUCCGAAUGGACGACUAUUUUUUAUCGAUCAUAACAAACGAGCCACCACUUGGGUGGACCCAAGAUCGGGUAGACCGUCGACACUACCUCGUCAGAAUCAGAGUCCUGGAAACAAAAGUUUCCAAGAAGAAGCGCUAGGGCCACUUCCAGAAGGCUGGGAGGAACGAAUCCAUUCCGAUGGAAGAAUCUUCUACAUCGAUCACAAUACCCGAAUUACCCAGUGGGAAGACCCACGUAUGUCGAAUCCUAACAUUGCUGGCCCGGCUGUUCCAUACUCACGCGACUAUAAGCGGAAAUACGAUUUCUUCAAGUCGCAACUUAAGAAACCAGCAAACAUUCCCAACAAAUUUGAAAUUAAAGUUCAUCGAGCUUCAAUUCUGGAAGACUCGUACCGAAUUAUCAAUACCGUCGCACGGCCAGAGCUGCUCAAGACAAAACUUUGGGUGGAAUUUGACGGUGAAGUCGGACUCGAUUAUGGUGGUGUUGCUCGCGAAUGGUUUUUCCUUCUCUCUAAAGAAAUGUUCAACCCAUACUACGGCCUCUUUGAAUAUUCUGCAAUGGACAACUACACGUUGCAAAUCAACCCAAUGUCGGGACUGUGUACCGAAGAUCAUCUUUCCUACUUCAAGUUUAUUGGCCGUGUAGCUGGUAUGGCGGUUUACCACGGCAAACUGCUUGAUGGAUUCUUCAUUCGCCCCUUUUACAAAAUGAUGUUGGAAAAGCCCAUCGAAUUAAAAGAUAUGGAGUCGGUUGAUACCGAAUAUUUCAACUCACUUGUUUGGAUCAAAGAGAACGAUCCGAGUGAGUUGGAUCUUAAUUUUGCUGUCGACGAGGAAAGCUUUGGCAAAACCAUUCAGCGAGAGCUAAAACCCAACGGAACGAAUAUUCCUGUCACCAAUGACAACAAACAUGAAUACAUCAACUUGGUGAUCCAGUGGAGGUUUGUGUCUCGCGUUGAGGCUCAGAUGCGUGCCUUCCUCGAUGGUUUCAAGGAUUUAAUCCCACUCUCCAUGCUUAAGAUCUUCGAUGAAAAUGAACUCGAAUUAUUGAUGUGCGGGAUUGGCACCAUCGACGUCAAAGACUGGAGAGAACACACAAAUUACAAAGGCGAUUACAAUGCCAACCACAUGGUGGUGCAGUGGUUCUGGAGAGUGGUUUUAUCGUUCAAUCCCGAAAUGCGUUCUCGUGUCCUACAAUUCGUUACGGGGACAUCUCGUGUCCCGAUGAAUGGAUUUAAAGAACUGUAUGGAAGCAAUGGCCCACAACCAUUUACAAUCGAAAAGUGGGGUACGCCAAACAAUUUUCCUCGUGCUCAUACAUGUUUCAAUCGUUUGGACUUGCCACCCUAUGAGAGUUACCAACAGUUAAGAGAGAAAUUGAUCAAAGCCAUUGAAGGAUCCGAAGGAUUCGCUGGCGUAGAUUAAACUGCCGCUCAUCUAUUGGAAAGGGAUUCUUGAUUGCACGUGUUUUUGAUUUUUUUCCUGUAGAGUUUCUCUGGUUCCAAUUAAUAUCCUCCUUCCCUCCCACUGUAAGAUGUGUAAGGUCAUUCAUUCCACCGAUGGUUCGUGUCGUUUAGUCGAUUUCUAUCCUUUGCCCCGAAAAACGAUCCUGUUUGUUUCCGAUUCUUAUGGAUGGCUAAUCCCUCCCCCUUCCUUGGGUAGUGUACAGUUGGUAUUUUUUUUUUUCUAUCUCUUUUUGCAUAUCUUUCUCUCUCCUUCUGCCUCUUUCUUUCUCUCUUUUUUUUUUUAUAAAGAAAACGUGAACUCCGACAUGCCUGCACAUGUGUGUCCAUGAGCAGAGCGCACGGAGUUUCAUUCUGGGGUUUCGACUUCUGCCAUUUCGAGCAUCACCUAAGAGUUGAAACGAAGAAGGAAGUAUUUCCCUUCUUUUUUUUCUAUUUUCCAUCCAACCCGUGUUUGGUACUAUUGUUGCAAUAUUAUUAAUCACAGCAUCACUUAAUUUUGGCCCCGUCGCGUCGACGUAAUCCCGACAUUUGCCCGCGUGCGUUGUUUUUUCUUUUCUUUUUUUUUUUCCUUUCCGGUCUAGUUUGUCGCGACUAUUCUACGCAGUGUGAUACAUAUUAUUAUACAGUAUACCCUCUUCUUUAUUAUUACAAUUUUUUUAAAUCUUCUUCCUUCCCGGUAAACGAAAAAAAAUGAUUAAAUGAUUCAUAUUCGCAUCAUAUUUAACAUUUUGGUUCUCUUCGUUUGGGGGGGGGGGGUUUCUCCAUUACUUUUGUUACAGCAAUAACAAGCCCUUCCCGACUUUUAUGCGUUCAUAAGAAGAUUUAAAAAUAUCUUCCCAAAUUCAAUACAUGAGAGCUAUUUACUCAA